AUGGGUGAGGUUAGCAAAGAAAAGUAUAAGCAGCUAGAAGAUCUGUUGGAUAAGAGUGAAAAAAGAGCAGAGAGGUUGAAAACGUUAAACGAUUAAAUAAAAAAACAAUUAGACUUUGAGAAAGAAAAAAAUGAUGAAAUACAUCAAGAAGUAAAUAAUUUAAGAUAGCAGCUGUUUAGAGCCUAAAAAGAGGCUAAAGAAGCAAGAGAAUAGCUAGAAAAUGAAGUUAAAAAAAAUGAUAAGCUAAUUUUAGAAAUUUCUUCUAAGCCAGAAAUAAUUUUAUGUUCUAAAUGUCAGCAGCCAUUGAUUUAGGGAAUGCAAAGCAGUAAUAAAAACUAUAUCACACCUACUUUAAGUUCUAAUAUGAUUUAAUCUUUAUACACUCAAAACGGAAACAAUACUGCAUUAGCUAUGAAAUGUGAAAAAUCACUUUAAAGGAAAAGUAGCAGUAGUUAAUUAUCAGCCAGCAGCUAAAGUUCUUAAAUUUCAGACGAAGAGUCUCCUCCUUAGCAUUUUGAAAGGAAUAGAAAGAGAACUAUGACUAUUUCUGUGAGGUUUAAUAAUGAUAAAGGAGUUGAUCAUAUAAGAGCUAUAAGCAAAUCUAUUGUAGCAAGAAAUUACGAAAGUGAAUAUCAAGAUGGAGUCAAUAAUAGCUAAUUGCAAAGUCCUUACAAAGAUUAUAAAGGCUAAGGAAUUAAAUUAUUUGGGAAAGAAAUAAAAUAAGUAUCGAGCAGCCAUAGUGGGUUUGACGACAAUUAGAAUGGCGAAGAUAAAGAAAAGGGAUUAGGGUAGAGUGAAAUAAAAGAAGCAGACAUUUUGCAAGAGAAUACAUUUUCUGUUAAUGAUUCAAUUAACAAUGCAAUUUAAGAUCUUCCAUAAAUAACAUUUAAUAAGAAAAGUUCAAGCAAUAAAACAAGUUAGUUUAAAUAGCAAGUCCAUAUUAAAUUCCAAAGAAGAAUGUCAAAGACCCAUUCUACUAUUAGAUCAACCAUAGAAUAAUUAGAAGAAAUAGAUAGCUGUGGCGCUGUAGGAGGAAGUUAAAAUUAAUCAAUAAAAUCAAUCAUUCUGACAAACAAAAAAAGUAGCUCCAAUAAUGAUGUUGAUGAUAUUGUAAAUAAAUUAAAAACUCCUUCUAUGAAUAAUGAGGGAAGUUAAAAAAAAGAAUUCGAAUUUGAAACUCCUUAAUCAAUUGAAACAAAUGCCAAUAAUAGAAAAAGCAGUGAAAAUAAUUUAAAUAUAAUAAUGAAUUAAAACUAAUCUACUUUGAAUUAAAUUCCAGAAGAAGGUCUUACUCUCUCUACAAGCAAUCCUAAUGUUUCACAGUAAAACACUAGAUUAUUUGAAAAGUUUUUCAUCUUAGGGUGUGACAAAGAUGAUAUGAAAGAAUUUGAUUAAGAUAGCUAAACAAUGCAAGGACUUCUCCCUGGUAAAAUUCUAUAUUCUUAUCCCUCGCUUAAUCCUGACGAUCCAACAGAUUAGGUUUUAAAAAUAGCUCAUGAAUUUGCUUUUCCGAAAGGAAUUAAGUCAAAAAAAAUAAAGAUUUCGACUUCUUUUAGAAAAGUGACACAGUUUAUUCUCUCAAAUAGUAAAACAAUGAUUUAGAAUAAAUUUUAUAUGUUUACGAUGAAAGGUUCUACUCAUUAUGACAGCAUUAACUACAAGGAUUAAAGUGUUUUGAAUUAGAUAAAUCCUCAUAGGUUAUUAUACUGCUAUUGCUUCAAAAAUAGAGAUUAUUUAGAAACCACUUUUGAUGAAUCUAAUUUCCAAGUUGAAAAUCAUAAAAAUAGAUCCUUCUGGGAAACCAAAAGAGUGUAUUGCUUUGUAACUCUAUAUCCGUUUUAGGAAUUAUUUUAAGAAAUGCUUAUAAAUGUUUUAAACUAGAUUAAAAUAUCAAGAACUUCUUCAUUUAGCGAGUUUGAAUCAUCUGAUCCAAAGAUAAUUUACAAACUAGAUGGAGAUUGUGUUUAAUAAAUAAUAAAGGAUAAUAUGCAAGAUGUGUUUUUAUCAUAUAGAGAUAUAUAAAUAACAGACUUUUAGUAAAUUAUUAUUAUAGACACUCUGGCUGGUCCUUACAAAUAUGUAAUUGGAAGUUAAAAAAUAAUACAAAUUCACACACAUAAAUGGAGUUUAGCAUUAUCUCUUUCUAACUUAAGCUUAUAAAACUUGAUGUUUAUUUUCCAUGCAAUACUCUUAGAAAACACAGUUAUUUUUAAUAGCAGAAACAAAUGCUUACUUACCCAAACUAUCCAUACAUUUGAGUAGCUAAUUUAUCCCUUUAGCUGGCCUUAUCCUAUAAUUUACCUUCUUCCAGAGACUCUGUAAACUCUUUUUGAUUCCCCAGUCCCUAUUAUAAUGGGAGUGAACAACUCGACUCAUCAUCUUUAAAAAGAAGAUGUUUAUAGCAGAUAUCCUGAUCAUAUAUUCUUUGAUCUAGAUUGCCACAAAAUUUACUGCAACAAUAAAUAGCUGAUAAAAAAAAUAUAAACUGAGUAGCCUAAUCUCAACAACAUUUACAAUAAGAUUGAAAAAGUGUAUUAACAAAUAAAUCCUUAAGGUUUAUUGUAAAAAAAGCCAUCAAUUUUUAGUGACCCAUCAAGAAAAGAAUCAGAAAAACAUAAAGAAGAAUAUUAAUUAAAAUAUUUCUGUACAAAAUAAGAUGACUAAAUUUCAGAAAUCAUAUUAAAUAUUUUCAACGAAAGUCUAAGGCAGUGUUUUGUUGAUAUUCUUCCUUAAAAAAUAGAAAAUAUGAUUAAUCAUGAAACGAAUCAAAUAGACUACCAGAACUUUUCCUAAAAUCUAAUUUAAAAAUCAUAUCCUCAAGAUAGAACUUUCAUCAAGAAUUUUAUAAACACCUAAAUAUUUACUUAUUUUAUUGAAAAUUAUUAUUAAUUUGAAUGA